CGGGUGUCUAGCAACAGCUAACCCGCCCAGCAGCCAGGCAGACACCAGCCGGCGGCAGCAGAAGCUGCGACUCUCGGCGUGUCUUCCAGUAAAUUGCUAGCUGUCGCGGUGCUCGCAUUUCGUUAAGACUGAGUCACUCGCCUGGGGGAAAAGAAAGCGUGGGAAGACAACAGCAAGGCCUGCGGAAAGAUAUGAGCGGCAGCGGGCGGCCCAGGACCAGCUCGUUUGCUGAGCCGCCAGGAGUUCCAGGAGCCGCCGCCGCGCCCGCCGGAUCAGCCGCUGCCGUGGGGAGCAGCACAGGAAAGUCCGGGGUCCCACAGGCCUCCGGCAGCAGUUUAUCGGGAUGCUCCAAUCUCAAGCUAGCCAGAGACAGCGGAAAGGUGACGACGGUGGUGGCCACGCCGGGUCAGGGCCCGGACCGCCCGCAAGAGGUGUCCUACACUGACAUCAAGGUGAUCGGGAACGGUUCGUUCGGGGUGGUUUACCAGGCGCGACUCAUCGACAGCCAGGAGAUGGUGGCCAUCAAAAAAGUUCUCCAAGACAAGAGGUUCAAGAAUCGUGAGCUGCAGAUCAUGAGGAAGUUGGACCACUGUAACAUCGUCAGACUACGUUACUUCUUCUACUCAAGCGGAGAGAAGAAGGAUGAAGUGUACCUCAACUUGGUGCUGGACUUUGUCCCCGAAACGGUCUACAGGGUUGCCCGGCAUUUCAACAAGAACAAGAGCAUCAUUCCUAUCAUCUAUGUCAAGGUGUACAUGUACCAGCUGUUUCGCAGUUUGGCUUAUAUCCACUCGCAAGGUGUGUGUCACCGGGACAUCAAACCGCAGAACCUGCUGGUGGACCCAGAAACUGCCAUCCUCAAGCUGUGUGACUUUGGCAGUGCCAAGCAGCUGGUGCGCGGCGAGGCCAACGUGUCGUACAUCUGCUCACGCUACUACCGGGCGCCCGAACUCAUCUUCGGAGCCACCGACUACACGGCCAACAUCGACAUCUGGUCGGCAGGCUGCGUCCUGGCCGAGCUCCUGCUAGGCCAGCCCAUCUUCCCCGGAGACAGCGGCGUGGACCAGUUGGUGGAGAUUAUCAAGGUGCUCGGCACCCCGACGAGGGAGCAGAUCCGGGAGAUGAAUCCCAACUACACAGAAUUCAAGUUCCCGCAGAUCAAAGCUCAUCCAUGGACCAAGGUGUUCAAACCGCGCACACCGCCGGAAGCCAUUUUGCUGUGUUCUCGCCUGCUUGAGUACACGCCAGCCUCGCGCCUCUCGCCGCUGGAGGCCUGUUCGCAUACCUUCUUCGACGAGCUGCGGCAGCCCAACACGCGGCUCCCUAGCGGGCGAGAGCUGCCCAUGCUUUUCAACUUCAGCACUACAGAGUUGUCUAUCCAACCUCAGCUGAACUCCACACUUAUCCCUCCGCACGCUCGUGCUCACACAGCUGCUUCCUCUCACGAUGGUACCGGCCCAGAUGCCUCCCAACUUGGAUCAGUACCAGGAACUCUUAACAGCAUCUGAAGCGGCCAAUCGUCUGCCUGUCUGUCUGGCCAGCCCCGCCGCCGCUUCUCUCUCUCUCUCUCUCUUGCUGUCUUUUUCUCUCAACUGACACACACAAAUAUGUAACUGCUCAUCUCGGCGCCGCCCGCUCUCCUCAUAGAUGAUGUUUUUGUACAGUCGACGCGUUCAACAACAUGCAGCCAGAGAUGAUCACAUACACACAUACAUAUAUGAAUACACACACACAUACAGCGCUGUUUGGCUACUGCUCCAGUGGUAUGCGAAGGUUCAAUAGUGGGGGCUGGUCCUCUGUAAUAUAACCUUUUUUUUUUAUUUUACUUUAUUUUUAAUUUUCCACCUUUCCUCUUCUUCAACCAUGUUUGUCUUUAUUUAUUUGAACACGUCAUGCACACACACAUUUUCCUCAUUUACUGUUUGUUGAGUUUGCAAUCAUUGUCAUGUGCAUACAAAGUCAUCAGGCUGGAGUAGAUGUUCACUCAGUUCAUGUUCAAUCAUUGUUAUUCUCCAACUUCUUUCAUGCACAUUUUUAUUAUGAUUAUUGUUCAUAUUUUUAUUGUCUUUCUCACAUGUUCCACAUCCGUCCUUUUUUUUAAUUUCCAGAAAAAUCCCAUUUAGAAUAUUUUAUUGAACAUUUUCAUGUUUUUAAAGCAUGAUUUUUUUUCUACCCUUGAGGUGUGCUUAUGUUUUCCCAUGAUGCACUAACACACAUUUAGGAUUAUUACUUGUAGAAAUCAUGUAGCUGGUUUGGAGCACGGUGGACAGCAAUCUCCUUAAAAAUUAUAAUAUUAUAAUAAUUAUAAUACCUCAUUGGUUGCCAUUGAAGGCGCUAGACCUCCAAUACGUUUAGACUGGGAGACGUUGGCAAUGUAUUGGACGUCUAGUGCCGUCAAUGGCACUGAAAGAUGAGCAUUUACAACCAGUACUUCCGGUUUAAAUUAACUGGGUAUAGAUCAUUGUCUAUUGCAGGCAAUGAGUUAACGCAUUCACUGCCAGCCAUUUUCAUUGUUCAUUUUAGAGCAUUUUAACAGCUCUUUCAAGACCCACAGAAUAUUUUAUUCUGUAACAUAUGAGAGACUAAGUUACCAUCAAAUAAUCAACAAGCAGGACACUGACGAUAGCUAAUAUUUUGAUAUACCUCGAACUCUAAAACAAGGGCUUUUGAAAGAGAACUGCUUACCAUAAUAUACUUGGGCAUUGAAGAUUCACCACAGGACUGACAUUGAAUGCUUCCCGAUAUACGUUCUCGGACAUAUAAGUGUGAGGUGCUUAAAUUUGUCCGACGAGCAAUUUGACAAAGGUGUGCUGAUUUUAAACACUGCCAUCUACUGGCGUCUGUUUAUUACAGUUAUAUAGAAACUUGAUUUUCACAGACAAGCUGGGCAAACUGAGUAACGAACAUGACUAAUAACUCGGUCAGUGGCAGUGAAUGUGUUAACUCCUCCCCUCAAACAAGAAUUCCUUAACUCCAUUGACUAUGUUCCGACUGAUUUAGGGGCAUCUUGCGUUACAAAAAUCGCCCAAAAAAAAGGAUUUCAGGGGAUUUCUUCCUGGAUGUCAGUGAUCCUCAUGUAGCAGCACUCACAAUUUCCUAUUCCAUGUCUCCUUAUUUAUUCUCUUGGUGAACUUUGUUCCAGUGGAAGAGAGGAUCACUUGUUUCCUAUGUUUUCAUUUCCAGGCACAUUCAGUCAUGUAGUUAGCAGAGGGUUUUUACUUCUUUGUUGAAAUCCUCCCAUUCCCGCGGCAUGUGUAAAUAUCAUUUUUUAUUUGACCCCCCUUUUUUUAUUAUAUUACAGAGCUGUUUAUAUCUCCUGCCACUCGUUCUGUCCAUACGUUUGUGCUUGUUUAUUCUGUAAAUACACCUUUGUGUCGCCGUGUAAAUAUUGCAGGGGGUAAAAAAGACGAAAAAGCUUGCCAUGUUUGUCCUACACCUUUUUUUUCUUUCUCUCUCUUUCUUUGAAGUCGCUGUUCACAUCAGGUCGGCCCGAAUGAUCUCACACAAAUAGUGUGAGUGAGGACAACGAAACGUUUUGUCACUCAUAGUCACGUUCUGUAUAGUGAGGAGUUGAGAUGUGCUGCUAAAUAUCAUUAGGUGACAUUUUUUGGUGAAACUUUAAAAGCCUCCAUGAGUCUUCUUUGUACCUAUUAGUUUUGCAGAGAUGGAGAGAGAAAGAAAAGCAACGCUGUUUGUCUCUGUUCUCCGUGUGUGUGCGCGCGUGUGUAUGUGAAUUCAUUUACUGUAAUAAAGUGAUGAUGAAACUGUUUAACUCUUGUGGUUUU